AGCAUCUGUUGUUGGAGCAUAGACUUAAAUAAUGUAAAUUGCAGGUUCUAUGGAAGAAUCUACCUAUGGAAUUCACUCCCCAAAGAGGUCCGCCUGGCACCGUCGUUACUGGUUUUUCGGCGCCAGAUAUGCCUCUAACUCCGUCACAUCCUACCCACAACAGAAAAGGCAUCAGGAUCUCAGCUUCAAAAGACAGCAAAAAGCAUCCUAUAGUUCCUCAAAAACAGCAUUCUGAUUAUUUUGAUAGAAUCAAUGGGUCAUUUAAAUCAGCUGGCAACAGAAAGACUCACAAUAAUUCUGUCAUUAACAACUACCUAGAUGGAGCUCAAGUGGGUGUUACAGAAAAGACCUCACCAGGAGGGAUGCAUUUCCGAGACAGCAAAAGGAAAGUGGACUAUGUUUUAGCUUAUCAUUACCGAAAAUGUUCUUCACAGUCUGGUGGAGGCUCCCCAGGCCUCUUACAUAGACCAGUGGCUAUUAUUUCAAAUGGGGAGACAGCCAAAAGCCAACCUGAACAGCAACAGCAACAACAUGGCCAGGAUGUAUCCAGUCCAGAUGUUGAGGUGGUUGAUUUGGGCCCAUUGGAUCCUUUGGAGGAAGCAAAACGAGAGCAGAGGGAUGAGUUUGAGCGCAACCUGAUGGAAGCUGGUCUGGAGAUAGAAAAAGAUGUGGAGAAUAAGAGUCAAGGAUUGAGUUUUGUUCGGAUACAUGCACCAUGGAAUGUACUUAGCCGAGAAGCAGAGUUCCUUAAAAUAAAAAUGCCCACUAAAAAGACAUAUGAAAUAAAAGAAGAAGGAGGGAUUGUCAAGAAGUUAUCUAAGAUAUGGCACAAACUUACUGAACCAUUGCAGCCUAAAGUGCCACAGCAAAACAGCACCAGAAUGAAGAAUUUGUCUUACCCCUUUGCCAGAGAAAAAAUUUAUUUGUACAAUAUUCAGGACAAAGAUACAUUUUUUGACAAUGCUACCCGCAGUCGAAUAGUGCAUGAAAUUUUGAAGCGCACUUACAGUUCAAAAGCCAAAAACAACAUGGGUAUUAACACAUUAAUCGUGAACAACGUAUAUGAAACAGCCUAUCCCCUUCAUGAUGGAGAAUAUGAAGGUAAAAACAAAGAAAUGAAUGAAAGAAAGCAAAGAAAAUACUUUGGAGAAAAAAUUGGAAUGUAUUUUGCCUGGUUGGGCUUAUACACAGAAUUUCUUAUUCCAUCUUCUGUAGUUGGAAUCAUAGUGUUCCUGUACGGAUGUCUAACUAUUGAAAGUGACAUUCCUAGUAAGGAGAUGUGUGACCAACAUAAUGCCUUCACCAUGUGUCCUCUCUGUGACAAGACAUGUGACUACUGGAACCUUAGUAGUGCUUGUGGUACAGCACGUGCCAGCCACUUAUUCGAUAACCCUGCCACAGUCUUUUUCUCAAUUUUCAUGGCACUCUGGGCUACCAUGUUCCUUGAAAACUGGAAACGUUUGCAGAUGAGGCUGAGUUACUUCUGGGACCUAACUGGUUUGGAGGAGGAAGAAGAGGGUGUCAAGGAACAUCCCAGGCCAGAAUAUGAAACCAAAUUACUACAGAAGAAAUUAAAGACUGAAAAGAGCAAAACAAUGAGUCAAGAUGAGCAGGAUGAAAAGGAGAAGCUGACUUGGAAAGACCGUACCCCUGGAUAUCUAGUGAAUUUCGCAUCUAUCUUAUUUAUGAUUUCACUGACAUUUUCAAUAGUCUUUGGUGUGAUUGUCUAUCGGAUAACUACUGCAGCAGCACUGUCAAUGAGUACCAAUGGGUCAUCUAGGUCCAAUGUCCGUGUGACAGUGACAGCAACUGCUGUCAUCAUUAACCUUGUUGUGAUACUUAUCCUAGAUGAGAUUUAUGGGAUAGUUGCCAAAAAGUUGACAGAAAUGGAGAUACCAAAAACAGAAAAAGCAUUUGAGGAGAGGUUAAUUAUGAAGGCUUUUCUACUGAAAUUUGUUAACUCCUAUGCACCAAUUUUUUAUGUGGCCUUUUUUAAAGGAAGGUUUGUUGGACGACCUGGCCAUUAUGUUUAUGUGUUUCCUGGUUACCGAAUGGAAGAGUGUGCUCCAGGAGGCUGCCUGAUGGAACUUUGCAUUCAGCUGAGCAUUAUAAUGCUGGGAAAGCAGCUGAUCCAAAACAAUAUCUUUGAAAUUGGAGUCCCUAAAUUAAAAAAAAUGUUCCGGAAACUAAAGGAUGAGAGGCCUGAGACAAAAGAAAAUGAUUCUAACCUUUCCAAACAGCCCCAGCAAUGGGAACUGGACUAUGUCUUGGAACCUUUCACUGGACUGACUCCAGAAUACAUGGAAAUGAUCAUACAGUUUGGCUUCGUCACACUCUUUGUGGCUUCCUUUCCUCUGGCUCCAGUGUUUGCCCUGCUCAACAAUGUAAUUGAAGUCCGCCUAGAUGCAAGAAAGUUUGUCAGUGAACUAAGAAGGCCCAAUGCAGUAAGAGCAAAAGAUAUAGGGAUUUGGUUUAACAUUUUGAGUGGAAUUGGAAAAUUUUCAGUUAUAAUUAAUGCCUUUGUCAUUUCUGUCACUUCUGAUUUCAUUCCACGCCUUGUCUAUCAAUAUGCAUACAGUCACAAUGGAACUAUGCAUGGCUUCGUCAAUCACACACUCUCAUAUUUCAAUGUCAGUCAUUUCAAGGCUGGAACCCAGCCAGAAAGCUCACCAUUUGAAUACCAGGUUUCCUUUUGCAGGUUCAAGGAUUACAGAGAACCGCCAUGGUCUGAAAAUCCAUAUGAAUUUUCUAAGCAGUACUGGUCUGUUUUAGCUGCGCGUUUGGCAUUCGUCAUUAUUUUUCAGAACCUGGUCAUGUUCCUCAGUGUGCUUGUUGACUGGAUGAUCCCAGAUAUUCCAAAAGAUAUCAGUGAACAGAUCAAGAAGGAAAAGAGUGUGUUGGUUGAUUUCUUUUUGAAAGAAGAGCAUGAGAAGCUGAAACUUAUAGAAAAUUUUAUCACGCGAGACAGACACAAGACUGAGAACAGUGGAAGGAGAAAUCGGGCAGCAAGUUUUUGCCAGUUCAGCCGAAGCCAACGAGGCAGCUUUACAUCUUUUAAUUCUCACAACACUGAUGUGUGA